ACUUCUUUGCCUUUUCACAGAGUUGCCGUAAGGAAGUAAUGUUUCUUUCAGUUCUCAGCAUAAAGGGAAGUAAGGCUUAAUAAAAACUGUGGGCUGCAAGAUUUCAUGAGAGAGGCAGAGAAAACAGAAGAGAGCGGUGCUGGGGAAAAGCAGGUUUGGUUAAUGAACAGUCUGUAACCCAAUGGGAUGCUGGUGAAACAACAGAAUCUCCAGAGCCAUGGAUAACACCAGAACACAGGAUGCUUUUUCACAGUUAAGCCAGGAAAAAAUCCUCAAAAUUAUGAACAUGGUGAAAAAUAAAGAAGUGAGCAUUGAAGGAGCUUUGCAUUUGGCACAGAAAGAAGUGUACAGCGAUAAGGACUCCCAGGAUUUGCUAACUGGCUCGUUGUUUAACUAUAGUAUCUACAAAUACAAACACUAUCGGUGGCAGAAACGAAUCUUGCAGAUUGAUUUCAACACAAAGACAAUUUUUAACAUUGAAAAAGGAAUUAUUAAGAAGCAGUUCCCUUUCUCACAAGUCAAAUCCUGUGAAGAUUCUGAAAGAAGACGUUUCAGCAUUGUGUUUCAUGGGAGACAAGACUAUGAGCUGGAAGCAGUGUCUCUUGAUGAUAAAAGGAAGAUAAUGUACCUGUUGAGCAGAGUGAUGCAGAGUAACUCAUGCAGGAGGCUGGAGGAGCCCUGCUUGGGGAGAGCUGCAGAGUGUGACGUGGUGCAUGAAGGAGUGCUGGAUUUGCAGCAGGAUUCUUUUAUGUCCACUGAAUGGGUGAAGUACUUGGUACAACUACGUGAAGGAGAACUGACUUUAUAUUGCAUUGGUCUGGGAGCAGAGAGCAGGAAUGCAUGCUCUACAAUGAACACAAUUCAUUUGUCAGGUGGUAAUAUGAGCAUCAGCAAGGAGAAUGAAAGUGGUACCUUUUCAGUCCAGACCAAAGAACACAAAUAUUUGUUUCGAAUACCCUUUACUGUCCAAAAUUACAGGACAGAGGAUGUUAGCAAGCUCCAGAAUGAAUGGGUGUCUCUCAUAGAAAGGUACUGUCAGCUGUGCAAGGGUGGCUCUCUGUCCCAGGAGGAAUCCCAAGAAGACACUUCCUCUGAAGCUGAUUAUGAGAAUGUUACUGUAGCUCUGGAUGAACAGCAAGAGGAGGCCCUUCAUUUCAAUACGAGUGCUGCAACAAUUGGUCUGAAUAAGCCUUCAAGCCCACAGACAAAGCCUGUGAAGGGAGACAUAGCCCCAGCAUCAGCAUCUACUCCAGUUUCCAUAAGCAGGACAGAGGUGCCACCAGCCCCACCUGCGUUCUUCCAGCCCUGCAGCCUUUCUCCUUUGGCAAAGAGAACCAAAGCCUUUCACUGGGAUGUUGUUCCUUGUGAUAAGAUUCAAAAAUCCAUUUGGGGUUCUUGUGACUCAGGCAAGAAAAAGAUAGAUGCAUCCAGACUGUGCGAGCAGUUCCAGAUCCAGGAUGUGGCUGUGUUUUCAGGCAAUGAACCUUCAGGGAAUCAACACAUCAUGUUAGAUCGAAAAGUUGCACAUAACUUCAGCAUUUUUCUUAAAAGUUUCCGUAUAAAACCAAGUGAGCUGAAAGAAAAGCUGUACAUUAUACAUGAGGAGAGUGGUGGGCUUACAGAUGAACAGAUUACAACGCUACGAAGAUACAUGCUGACACCAAAGGAUGCAGAGAAGUACCAGUUGUUCCGGGGGUGCCCCUCAGAGCUGCAUAUAGUUGAUCAGUUUAUGUUAGAGAUGUGUAAAAUCCCCCACUUAGGACAGAGGUUGGAUCUCCUGCUUGCCAUACGUGAACUGCCUGUGAGCAUGGGAGAUUUGGAGCCUCUAAUAAACCAGAAAAUCCAAGCAAGUAAGCAGCUGCAUUCCAGCCAGAAAUUUGUUGCUGUCUUGGAGUACAUUUUAGCCAUUGGAAACCAUUUAAAUGAAAAUGCGGGAAAAGAAAAGGCAAAAGGAUUUCGAUUGUCAUCUUUGACCAAAAUUUACCCAGGAGAUUUCAACAUCUCUGCUGCUCCUGUAUUUUGUAAAGAAGUGUAUGAGCUCGGUCUGUCAGUUACUGCUCCAUUCUAUUUACAGUUGUCUCUGCUGCGGGGCAAGGAGAGGACGUUCACCUUGCUCCAUGCCCUUGUGGAACAGAUCUCCUUACAUGAGCCUGAUCUGGUGAAAUUCUCUCAGGAACUGACAGAAUUUGAAGCUGUUCCUGAUGCUUCCAUGAAAGGCCUAAGUGCUGAAGUUGAUGUUCUAAAAAAGGAAUUGGAAAAUGUUACUCAGUGCAGGCGGCUUAUCAAACCCAGGACAGCCAAGGCAACUCCCCAGGAGUCACAGUUCUGCAGGGAACUAAAGGAUUUGAUUCAGAAAUAUGAAGGGGAUCUAUCCCAGCUGUCAAAAAGAUGUGAAGAAAUGAAGAAGCUUUAUAGCAGUGUGCUGGUAAAAUUUGGGGAACCACAAGACCUGGACUCUCAGGAGCUGUUUGGAUGGAUAUCUGUGUUCAUUAGUGAGUUUAGGAAGGCUUGUGCUGAAGUCAUGCAGUACAGACAACGCUACUCAUAAAAAAGGGGAGAGUGAAGUAUAGGAAACUACCUUUAAGUUACUUGUUUUGAAAGUUGCCCUGCUGAUAAGGUGCAUAUUCCAUACAGUUUGUACAGCAGUGUAUUUCAAUUUAAAGAUGUAUUCGAUUUAUAAUGUGUGGUUUUGCAAGUGGUAUCAGGUCACUUAUAAGACUGCUUCACUUUUGUGUGUGUAUGUACCUAGAGAUACCUGUGUGUUUAGAAUGGAGACACUUGUGAUAUUUUGUGGUUUCUCUCUUUAUUUUUGUCUUUGACAGCCAGUCUUCUGCCAGAGUUUCAGCUAUUACUUUUCAUUGAAUAAAUUUACGUAUGGUCAUCUAAUUUUUAA